CGUCAACGAAUUCAGGAGAAUGUGAGAAUGCGUGUGAAUCAUAUAAAUUGUCGUUUCAUUGCUACGCAAUGAGCAGUCGUUGCAGAAGCUCAACAAUGAUCUCCGCUUCACUGAAAAUUUUGUGUUUUGCCGCAGUUAUCCAGGGGUACUGUGGCGCACCUGCCCUCAAUGACGAAGUCUUCGCGCCUGACUUGAGCGACAUGGAAACAUGUGGAAAGGUGGAUCUGGGCAAUGAGAAUCUGGACUGGAAUGUGGAUGAUAAUGGGAAUGUGGCGGCGGUUGCGGAGAAGGAGAUGAACCCGAGGAUUGAGAGCAAUAAGGCUUUGGAGGAGACUACGAAGAGAGAGGAAAUGGCUGAGCUGAAGGAGGUGACGAAAGCUGGGACUAAACAGAAUGUGGAGGAAUCUGAGGUGAAGUCGGUGGAAAAUAAUGCAGCGGAGCGGACAGAUGAAGAAGUGGCUCUGAAAACUCGCGACCUCAAGGCGACGAUCGAGGCGGCAAGGGAACAGUCCAAACAUUUCUCCGAGGACAUAGAGGUCUUCAAGAAACACGCUGGACUCGGGGUUCAGGACAUGAACUUCGACAUCUCAGCUGACCUGUCCAAACUCCAGCACGAGAUCGACACCGUCACCGAGGGACAUUGAGAUUCCUUUCAAAUGCUACCACUAAAUUUUUCCGAACAAUAUUUUUUGUGUAAAUAAAGUCGAGGCCAGACUCGGAGGUAAACUGCAUGUUGAAAUCCAAUUGAACGCUUUUAUCACCUUUUA